AUGGGAGCCACCCGCUUGCUGCCCAACCUCACACUGUGCCUGCAGCUGCUGAUUCUCUGCUGUCAAACUCAGUACGUGAGGGACCAGGGUGCCAUGACUGACCAGCUGAGCCGGCGGCAGAUCCGUGAGUACCAGCUCUACAGCCGGACCAGUGGCAAGCACGUGCAGGUCACCGGGCGUCGCAUCUCCGCCACCGCUGAGGACGGCAACAAGUUUGCCAAGCUCAUAGUGGAGACUGACACGUUCGGAAGCCGGGUGCGCAUCAAGGGGGCUGAGAGUGAGAAAUACAUCUGUAUGAAUAAGCGGGGCAAGCUCAUCGGAAAGCCCAGCGGGAAGAGCAAAGACUGCGUGUUCACCGAGAUCGUGCUGGAGAACAAUUACACGGCCUUCCAGAAUGCCCGGCACGAGGGCUGGUUCAUGGCCUUCACACGGCAGGGCCGGCCCCGUCAGGCCUCCCGCAGCCGCCAGAACCAGCGAGAAGCUCACUUCAUCAAGCGCCUCUACCAGGGCCAGCUGCCUUUCCCCAACCACGCCGAGAGGCAGAAGCAGUUCGAGUUCGUGGGCUCGGCGCCCACCCGCCGGACCAAGCGCACGCGGAGGCCGCAGCCCCUGACGUAG